AUGCGGUCUCCGCUCCUUUGGAGCGGCCUCAAUCUGGGGCUCUUUGGACAAAGCCCAAACAGAGAACUACUCUCACAAGCCCGUCUCGGACCCCAUACGCCUCGCCCGAACAUUGUCUUUAUCCUCACCGACGACCAAGAUCUCCACCUCAACUCCCUAUCCUACAUGCCCUUUGUCCAAAAGCACCUGAUAGAACAAGGCACAUUCUACACCCGCCACUUCUGCACCGUAGCGCUCUGCUGCCCUUCCAGAGUGUCUCUGUGGACCGGAAAAGCAGCGCAUAAUACCAACGUGACCGACGUGAGCCCGCCAUAUGGAGGAUACCCCAAGUUUGUCAGCCAGGGGCUGAAUGAGAAUUUCUUGCCCGUGUGGUUGCAAGAGGCGGGUUACAGUACCUAUUAUACGGGGAAGCUGCUUAAUGCGCAUACGGUGGAGAAUUAUGCGUCUCCCUAUGUGAAGGGGUUCAAUGGCUCUGACUUCCUACUUGAUCCGUUCACAUACCAAUACCUCAACAGCACCUAUCAACGCAACAGAGAAUCCCCCGUCAGCUACGAAGGUCAACACAGCGUCGAUGUACUAGCAGAAAAAGCGUAUGGCUUCCUUGAAGAUGCUCUAGAGAACGAAGCUCCUUUCUUCCUCACCGUUGCACCAGUAGCACCGCACAGCAACGUAAGGAUCCAACGACUAGAAGGCGACAUCGAAGACAUUGUCGCCGAAUUUACAGAACCGAUACCAGCAGAACGACAUGUCCACGUCUUCCCCGACGCCAAAGUACCACGAACGGCAAACUUCAAUCCCGAGACCCCCUCAGGCGUGAACUGGAUACAACGCCUGCCACGUCAAAGCAAGGAAAACGUAGAGUACAACGAUCACUUUUAUCGCUCCCGUCUCCGCGCUCUGCAAGGUGUGGACGAGAUUGUGGGUGGCCUAGUGACUCGUUUGGAACGCGCCGGGAAGCUAGACAACACUUAUAUCAUCUACUCCAGCGACAACGGGUACCACAUUGGCCAGCACAGACUUCAACCCGGCAAAGAGUGCGGGUUCGAAGAAGACAUCAACGUACCCUUGAUUAUCCGCGGACCGGGGGUUCCGAAAAACGUGACAACCGCGAUCGUUACCACGCAUACGGAUCUGGCUCCGACGAUUCUGGGUUUGACGGGGACUUCUCUACGGGAAGACUUCGACGGGGCGGCCAUUCCCUUGACGGAAGCAGGUCUAGAUGAAGCCAGCGAAUCACGGCACGAACAUGUCAAUGUUGAGUACUGGGGUUUUGCGUUGGGGGAAGGAAAGGACUGGGACGGAGGCAAGUUGUCAAACUCUGUCGUUUUACGUCUUAUUUCCGGCUCCUACAACUUCUACUACUCCGUCUGGUGCAAUAACGUCCACGAGCUGUACGACCUGAAUGACGAUCCAGGACAACUCAAUAACCUUCUAGCACACCCGUCCAGCUCCAUCACCCUCCUCGGCCACGCGCUGCAUAAAGUAGUCUCUCGCCUAGACGCCCUUCUCUUCGUGCUGAAGUCCUGCAAAGGCGAGACUUGCGUCAAGCCGUGGAAAGCGCUGCAUCCAGCAGGCAAUGUGCAAAAUCUGCACGACGCGUUGGCUCCUCGGUACGAUGCCUUCUACGAAAGGGAGCAGAAGCCCGUGGAGUAUACGAGAUGUGAAGCUGGGUAUAUUGUUGACGCUGAGGGCCCGCAGUUUGAGAGGGAGGGGUUGGUGUAUAGGGGUGGGAGGGCGUGGUCAGAGUGGACUUAG